UCCACCGAGGUUAGGAAUUUAACUGGACUACAGGAGAGGAGCGCCUGCCUUUAUCGCAACGAAUGUCCAGUCCACGCAUCACCGGGUUGAAACGAAGCGCUCGCGCUGUCUGUAUCUAAAUACACAGACUGGGUUUAAUGCGGGAUGUGAUCGCGCGUGCAGCGGGAUGUUAAAAGCUCAGGCGGAUGUUGAAGUUGGUCAGUAACAGUUGAAUAUGAUCAAUUGUGUCAGUGUUUGAUUUUGCAUUCGAAAGUGAGAGUGGGUGGGGUUGAAAUUCUUGCAAAGUAACUUUCUGCAGCACAGAAACCGCGUUAUACACGAUUAUAGUCUGGAAAAGUUUUUUUUGCGGCUUUUCUUUUUCGCGUGUCAUGCAUUUUUUUCAAUCCUUGACUCUUCAGCAUUGGACAUGUGUUUUGAAGUAAAUAGGCAUGCAAUGCAUGUCUCCAUGUGGAGAAUCUCGUUUCUUUGAAACCCAGGAAGGUUUAUCUCAGCCUUGGAGGAAAAGUGACAUGAGCUCGUUGUCGUGGUCAUGUGUUUUUCCCUCCUUCCCAUCGCUCCCUUUCUCUCCUCCUCCUCUCUCUCUUCCUCUCUCAUGUUGUCCAAGAGCUUUUGUUGGUUUUGCCUUCCUAAUUGUAUGCAUGUAGGUUAAACGAGUACCUGACGAAAAGGCCCCUGGUUUUCACAGCGUAAUUCGAUAGCUGAGAGGAAAAAGUGGCUGUAAGCAACCUUUGGAAUUCACGUUUUCCAUUCUCCUGAUUUCGCCUUUGAGAAGAUGAUCACUAGCUCCAGUGUACAUGGCUUAAAGAUGCAGUGGACCCCAGAGCAUGUGCAGUGGGCCGAGCAACAUUUUGACAUCUCAUCCACAACACGUUCCCCUGCACAUAAAGCAGAGGCUUACCGUGGACACCUGCAGAGGACCUACCAGUAUGCCUGGGCCAAUGACGAUAUAUCAGCACUGACGGCCUCCAACCUUCUGAAGAAAUAUGCAGAGAAGUAUUCUGGUAUCCUGGAGGGUCCCAGUGAGCGGGCGCUCCUGUGCUCGUACUCCGAGAGUGCCCCAGGACUCUUAAAUGGACGCAAGUCAGAGAGUGAAGCAUGGCAGGAGGGGAUCUACCCAAUGAGCUGUGCUGCAGAUGUGGUUUCUGUAAGUAAGAAUGGCAUGACUCCCGCCCUGCCUCCUCCAGAUGUGACGGCAAGUGUUGGCACCUCCUCUGGGGUGGCAAGUACCUUGAGUGAGCCCAGCUACUCCAGUAGUAACUGCGGGAAUCAUGCGUCUACUACACUGCAUUCGGGGAUCUCCUCUCAGGAAUUCGCGAGCAGUUACAAUGGCUCGUACUUGCAUUCCACUUACAGCGGUGGGCAAAGCACACCCGCUCUCCCGUCCCCACAUCCCUCACCUUUGCACAGUGCUGGGCUCCUUCAGCCUCCACCCCCGCCACCUCCUACCCUAGUGCCCAGCUAUAAUGCAAGUUCCCCCAAUCUCUCCAGUUACAAUUACCCUCCAGCGGGUUAUCCCCCACAGACUGCUGUUGCCCCAGGCUACAGCCCAGGAGGAGCACCCCCUCCCUCAGCUUACUUGCCCUCAGGCAUUGCUGCCCCCACUCCCCUACCCCCUUCCACCCUUCCCGGUUACUCCUACCAAUCCCACAACCAUGCACCAAUUGCACCAACACCUUUGAAUGGCAGCUCGGCCAACACACUGAAAAGAAAAGCAUUUUACAUGACGGGCCAGGGAGAUAUGGACUCCAGUUAUGGAAAUUUCAACUACAGCCAGCAGCAUUCUGCUCAAAGCCCCAUGUACAGAAUGCCAGACAACAGUCUUGUUGACUCAACCAGAGGGAAUGGAUUUGACAGGAAUGCUGACACAUCAUCUUUGGCGUUUAAGCCCACGAAGCAGUCAGUGCCACAGGAUCAGCAGCGGAAAUUCGGCAGCCAGUCCAGCAGGGCACUAACCCCUCCUUCUUACGGAUCCUCCAAAGGUUCCUUGGGAUCCCUGCGCUCAGGCCAGUCAUUUGGAAAGUUUGGAUCCCAUGUCUUGAGUGACCAUGGUGACGACAGCAGACAGCAUCACCCUCAUUCCAUUGGUACGGCCACUUCAUCCAGCCACCCCGCUGAGGAGCAGUUAAAAAAUAGCGAUGCUAGUUUGGUAGAGAUAGUCACUACUGAGAUUCUGCAGCAGGUACCCCCUGUUGACUGGAGUGACAUUGCUGGACUGGAGAUGGCAAAAGCUACCAUCAAGGAUGAAGUCCUGUGGCCUAUUCUGAGGCCAGACAUGUUCAGCGGUAUGGCCACAUUACCUCGCAGUAUCCUUCUCUUUGGACCUCAGGGCACAGGCAGAACACUGCUCGGCCGGUGUAUGGCCAGUCAGCUUGGCGCAGCUUUCCUCAUCCUUAGUGGCUCUGCUCUGGUUACAAAAUGGCUUGGAGAGGGCGAGAAGAUCGUCCAGGCCUCAUUCCUUGUUGCUCGUUGUCGGCAGCCUUCUGUGGUUUUUAUCAGUGAUAUAGAUCUGCUGUUGUCUGCCCAGUUGAAUGAAGAAAGUCCAGUGAACCGAAUCAAGAGUGAACUCCUCCUCCAGCUCGAUGGAGUUCUGAGCUCACCAGAGGAACAUGUUCUAGUAGUAUGUUCCACCAGCAAACCUGAAGAGAUUGAUGAGACUCUACGAAGGUACUUUGUAAAACGGUUGCUUGUCCCCUUACCGGAUGCUGCCGCACGACACCAGAUAUUCAGCCAGCUGCUCUCACAGCACAACUACUGCCUCAGUGACAAAGAGGUUGCACUGCUUGUUCAGCGGACAGAAGGCUUCUCCGGGUUGGAUGUGGUCCGACUUUGCCAGGAGGCCAUAGUUGGUCCUCUCCACGGCAUGUCCAGCACAGACCUUUCCAGAAUGAUGCCAGGUCAGAUGAGACCGGUGUCAUACCAAGACUUUGAGAAUGUGUUUUGCAAAAUCCAGCCCAGCAUAUCACAAAAAGAACUUGAUACAUACACUGAAUGGAAUAAGAUGUUUGGUUGUAGUCAGUAAAGAGUGAGGGUGUAAUGAAAUCUGAGGGGUGACCUCCUUUGCUCUAAGAGGGGAUUACAAUUCAGCAUUUUUUUUGCGUGACACAUGCAAUUAAAUAGUGUGGUUAUUACAAAUGUAGACCCCUAAAGAAGAACCUGAAGGACUGUCAGAUACAGUUGAAUGAUGCAUGGCUGUACUUAAGUCAAGGUCUGGCCCUUUGCACAUAAUCCAGACAGAGAGAUACUGUUUUCUGGGCUCAGUACUGCAGACGCAGAGCUCCACUUACCGAGGAACUCUGUAAGUCAGGACCAACUUCUUUGUGUGUAAAUAUCAUUCUGCUGUUUUUGAGAUUUUGUUGCUAUGAAGUGCCUGAAGUGGUGCUUUAUUGAUUUGUAUUUGUAUUUGUUUGCCUCACCAUCUACAUUGGUGGCAUGUGCUAAUAUAGAGAGCUUUAACAUGAAACUAAAUCAGACAUGUUCUGCUUUUCAUUCUUUUCCUUGUUUUUGACACUUCUCUCAAAAUAACAACAGUAUUCCUGUGCUUUGAAUCCGGAUCCUAAUUUAUGAAAUUCACUUGUUUGAUUUUCUUCAAAACCUCAGGAAAGUGAUUGUGAUUUGUACAGUACCUCAAAAAGGAUUAUGCGAUAGCACUACAUACUGCUGACUACAUUUGGUUUGGUUUCUAAUUUGCUUCUUCAAAAACUCUAGGUUUACCUCAACCAUUAAAAAAAUCAAAAGGAUAUGACUAUGAAUGUAACUAGAACAUUUCUGGGUUGUUUGGAAGAAAAAUUUGGGGAGUUUCUUUUUAAUUCUUAUUGUUCCUUCUAAAUUAUGUUUAAAUUCCUUUGCGGACAUUGCUUUAAGUUUCGAAAGCAGAAUUGUGUUCCAGUAUUGACAACAGCACCUGUUCCUCCCUGCAUAGCACAGUUCAGACUCUACAACGAACACUCGAGUCAGAGAUGGGCACUAUCUGUUGUGUUGAUUAGAUUUGUCCAAAACCAGGUCAGUGCCAGAGAAUGCAGUGGACUUCAACAUUUGCGUGUUUGUCUUCUCUGCAGAAUAGAGUUGGGGUAAAUCACAACUUUACAAAGAGGCUACAAGAUUCUUAAAGUGGAAAUAUUUUCACAUUCUUCAUAACACAUUUACGUAUGGUUCGUUUUUGUUUCGAACUCUGUCCUGCUGCUGUGUUGGUUGGUGUAAAGAUAUCUAAAGGAUCACGUGUACCCUGCAUUCUGUUCUACCUCAGUUUCACACUAUUUUCUCUGCAACUAGAACAGAAAGAUGAGAGCUUGGUUUCUUCAACCUCUUUAGGUUUGCUCUGCUCUGAAGCCUCCAUAAAGAACAAGCUGCCUUUUUUCCAAGAAAGAAACGAGAAACGUUUGUCUCAAACUACCUGUGCAAUUCCUCUGCUCUGAGUACCCAGACGACUGUAAACACCCCUUUGUGUUAACACACACAUUAUUGAUGGGGUCUCUUUGGGGCCACUUACUGGGGCCAUAUUCCCUAAAGCCAGAAAUGUACUCUACGCAAGUAUGCAAGUGCUUAUAGCAAUGCAGGUUAGAAGAAUGCUAGUGUUGUUGCUUUCCAAAAUGCAUCAGACUGCAAACUAGACCAUUGCUAAAAAUAUACCCCAGCGAUUUGUGGUCCAAGGUCACAUAUACAUAUGUUAUUCACAUUAUUACAUAACAUUGUGAACUUUUGUAAAGCGUUUGGUCAUUAACUUUUAAAUGCAUCAUGUUAAAGAUGCAAUUAUGAUGUUGUAUGUCCCAAAGAGUACAUACUUUAAAGGCUUGGUAUAAGGCGGCAAAUUAAGAUGCAGCAUCAAGACAACUACUGUAACAGUUUAUUGUGAUAUUAUUGCUGAGCAAGUUAGUCAAACUCUUUAUAUUUUUAUGUUUGUACACCCAGUUUCCUGGUGUAGACAUUUAAAGGAAACUCUAUCGCCCUUUUGAGUAUGGAGGUAUGUUACUUCCACAAUAUUGCAAGUAUGCACAACAUGCUCUUGCAGUACUUUAAACUUUUGCAUUUGUGUACUUGCAUACAGUAUGUUUCUAGUUCAAGGUAGCACAGGAUGUUGGUAAGCAUAAGAGGAAACAUUAUGUUUGAAUGUAUUUUUUGUUUGUUUCUUGCUAUGUUUACUUUCUCUGAUCCUUUGAGUCAGCUUUUUUUGUCUAGCACUAGAGCUGGUGAAGCGAUGUGUCCCUUUUUCUCACGAAUCAGUUUUUCUCUGGCCUUUAUAUAAUGUGUCUCAAAUGUUGGAGAGGAUGCACACUCAGUUUCAAGUUUUUUUGUUGUUUUUUUUACGUCCACUGUAGUGUAAUUUGACUCCAUUUUAAGGUGCUUAUUUAGCAGUCGGAGGCAUCGUUCAUCCAAUACAUGUGUAUAUAUAUGACAUCCUUAAAGAAAUAUCUACUUUUCUGGCAGACAUCCAGAUAGUCUUUUCUGUAGCUGAGACACCACUUUCUUCACAAUGUUCGUAAAGUGAUAUGUACACCCAAAGGACUAUGAUUUCUAACCUUGUUUUGUCGUCUAAAGUGGAAACAUUAUUUUUCUUAAAUGGUAUUUUCAUUCUGCUUUCUUGUUUUUGUUUUGAUGUUUUGAAGAAAAGUUACUAUUGUGCAAUUUGUCAAAUGCACUUUUUAUGUUUUGUGUGUUAAAGCCUAUCCCACGUAAUUGUCAAAACCAAAGCGAACAAAGCUUUUUAAGAUCAAAAGCUGAUCUGUAUCUCUGACGAUUUGAAUUCAUCCACACUUUUAGGGAAAUGUAUAUGGGACUUCACAUUGAUUUUACCAUGUGGCCAAAUAGCACUGAUGAACAAAUCCCGCACUGACCCUGAAAAGAAAAAUGAUCUUUUAGUGUUUCUGCAGGUGUUGUUUUUUUAAUGUUUGUGGCCUAAAUGCCCUUGAACAAAACAGAUUCCUAAUUUUAUUUUUGAAAGCUCUUUGUAAUUGGUUAAAGGAAUGUUCUUGACAACAUAACAUAAAUUAGGACAGAAAACAUUUUUGGUCAUGUCACUUCUUUUGAGACAAACCAGUACCAAAAAAAUCUGUUUAAUAUUUACAGUCAUUUACAAGAACAAGUACAAGGCCAGUUAUUUUUGUUUCAAAAUUAUAGCCAAUAUUAUUGCAUUUACUUGUUAACAUAAGACUAGUUUGAUUUAAACUAAUUUACUUUGCUAAAGCUGUAUGCAAUCUUUUAACCUCAAUGUCAUAAUGCACAGUAAAGCCAAUAAAUAACAGGAAUCAUUGUGAUAUUCAGGCAUUCAUCCACUAGAAAAGUAUUCCCACUUCAGAAAAGUCAUUUCAAACACAUUUACAGCUUUGCGCUGCAUAAUUCAUGUAAGUGCUUUAACAAAAAUGCUUCUGAACCCUCCAGCACUCUUUACUUCCAUUGUAAGUGUUACUUUAACUAUGAAUUUUGAUUUGUUUGUUUUUUUAACUGAUGGAUUAGUCCAAAUUAUUUUCAGUGGUAAUCAAUAUUAUGCUGUCAAUAGAGCUUAACUUGUAUUGAACCGGAUCAUUCCUUUAGCUGAUGGCAAAGGAAAUGUGGGAACAUCCAAAAAGUACCAUGUUUUAAAGCACAUCUCCUAUAUGGAUAUAAAUACAAAAAGAUCACUUGAUUUUGUUAAUUUGCUGUAUUAAUUUCCUUUAGCGCUAUUGUUGAUGGUUGUUUCCUUCAAGUGGCACCAGUGUUUGUUUUUCAACCAUUUUUCUUUAUGACCAUUUCUACCUCAUUGCUACAUAUUGACAUGUAGUACCUAUGUUCUGUCUUUUUUGAAUGUCACACAUUUGUAUUAAAAAAAAUAAAAAUAAAAACUUAUAAAAACAAUAAAAAUAAUAAUAAAAAGGCUUGUUCUUUGAUUUGAGCAGUCUACCUCAGAAAGACUGUGUCCGUACACUGAGCAGUGGAGUAGCUGCACAAACUGAAAACACACAUUAGGCAGAGACGAUGCACACUGACCACAUGAACUCGACGAUUCGUUAUGCCGCCGCAAUCUGGAAUAUUGUGGACUGUAUAGGUCUUCUCUACAUGCAGUUUUUUUCCUUUCAUUUUUCAAUUGAAAUAAAUCACUUUCCCCCCUUUGUGCACUGUAGUGUGCAUGUGGAUAUGUGUGCACUUAUGAAGUGUGUAAG